AUGGGACACAUCGUUCGUGCUCAGCGUAGAGGUAACGGCUCUGUCUUCCAGGCCCACACCCACCACCGCGUUGGUCCAGCUAAAUUCCGUGCUCUUGAUGCUGCCGAGCGCACAUCCGUCAUCUCCGGCAUGGUCAAGGAGAUCAUCCACGACCCAGGCCGUGGUGCUCCACUUGCCAAGCUUAUCUACAAGAAGGCUGAAGGCCAGGGCUUCGAUUCUGCCCUUGUUAUUGCCCCAGAAGGCAUCCAUACAGGCCAAUUCAUCAAGUGCGGCGCUCAGGCUGACCUUCACAUCGGCAACAUCCUUCCACUUGCUCAGAUCCCAGAAGGUACAGAAAUCUGCAACGUCGAGCACCGUCCAGGUGAUGGUGGCCGCUAUGGCCGCUGCUCCGGCGAUUCCUGCCGUGUUAUUGGCCACACAGAAAACUACACACGUAUCCAGCUCCCAUCUGGUCGCAAGGCUCUUGUUUCCAACAUCUGCCGUGCUACAUUAGGUAUCGUCGCUGGUGGUGGCCGUCCAGAAAAGCCACUCCUUAAGGCCGGUAACGUCCACUACAAGUAUAAAGCUAAACGCCACACAUGGCCAGUCGUUUGCGGUAUCAAGAUGAACCCAGUCGACCACAGACACGGUGGUGGUUCCCACCAGCACAUGGGUGCUCCAGGCACAGUCGCCCGCUCUGCCCGCCCAGGUCAGAAGCUUGGUCUUAUCGCUUCCCGCCGUACAGGUCGUCGCCGUGGUACAGUCAACCUUGCAUAA